AGUUCGCGCAGCGCCGGAGCGGAGCGGAUCGCAGCACGCCGUGCUCGGCGGGAGCGGCGCGUGAGCGGACGGGCCUGGCGGCUGGACGGGCGCCCCUCGCUGUCCCGCGCGCUCCCCACCGCCCCCCAUGAGCGCAGCCCCGCGCGGCCCGGGUCCGUAGCGGCGGGAAGACCCUUAUGCUGCUGCAGCCCGCGCCGUGCGCCCCGAGCGCGGGCUUCCCGCGGCCCCCGGCCGCCCCCGGCGCCAUGCACGGCUCGCAGAAGGACACCACGUUCACCAAGAUCUUCGUGGGCGGCCUGCCCUACCACACCACCGACGCCUCGCUCAGGAAGUACUUCGAGGGCUUCGGGGACAUCGAGGAGGCCGUGGUCAUCACCGACCGCCAGACGGGCAAGUCCCGCGGCUACGGCUUCGUGACCAUGGCUGACCGGGCAGCAGCGGAGAGGGCUUGCAAAGACCCUAACCCCAUCAUCGAUGGUCGAAAGGCCAACGUGAACCUAGCCUAUCUGGGCGCCAAGCCUCGGAGCCUGCAGACGGGCUUCGCAGUCGGUGUGCAGCAGCUCCACCCCACCUUGAUCCAGCGGACCUACGGGCUGACGCCCCAUUACAUCUACCCGCAAGCCAUCGUGCAGCCCAGCGUGGUGAUCCCGGCCGCCCCCGUCCCAUCACUGACCUCGCCCUACAUCGAGUACGCGCCCGCCAGCCCCGCCUACGCCCAGUACCCGCCAGCCACUUACGACCAGUACCCGUACGCUGCCUCGCCCGCCACGGCCACCAGCUUCGUGGGCUACGGCUACCCCGCCGCCCUCCCGCAGGCUCUGUCCGCUGCGGCCCCCGCGGGCACCGCCUUCGUGCAGUACCAGGCGCCACAGCUGCAGCCCGACAGGAUGCAGUGAGCCCCGUCCACCCGGGGACUGCGGGUGCCCCCAGCCUCGGUGUGCCCAGAGGCCCCUUGGGUGCUGCCUGAGCCCUGGGUGGCUGAGAGCUGGCUCCCCUCACGUCCAGGUCUCCUCAUGCCUCGGGGGACCUGUAGAGGAGAGCUGACCCGGAAGAGGCUGCGCUGCGUCCUGGCACCGAGGCCUCCUGUCCCUGCCCUCGCUGCAGGCGCCCGCAGCCCGGCUCCCCCAGGGCGUCUCUCGGGCUGUGCGACACCCCGUGCCUCAGGUGCCUUCUCAGGGGAGCCCAGAGGAGAGACGCGCAGCGGCCCGUUGCAGGCGCCCGCUCACCGCGGGCCUCGCCACCUCCUCUCCCGGGGACCCCAUGCUGCCAAGGCCGGAAGGCGGCCCGCUGCAGGCAGCGCCCCUCGGUCGGUCGGAACACUGCGACUUCCUUCCUGUUGUCCUUGUUUGCUACUAAGUGAUUUCAGAAUUUGAGUCUAUUUUUUCAGCAGAGACUGCGGCCACCCAGAAUCACAAACCUAUUUUUGACUCUGAGAGACUUGUUUUUGCUGAUGGUUCCACGGGGAGACCACACCACGACCGCGAUGACGGCACGGCAGGGUCGGUGUCUCUAACGCUGUCCGCGGCCCCGUCAUCCAUCACUGCCCGAGGGGCUUCCUGGCGGCAGCAGGGAGCCCGCCUGCCCGGUCAGGCCAGCGGGGCCGAGCUCUCUGCUGUGUGUCUGUCGCCGUGAGGCUGAGUCACCGGCAGCUCCCAGCCCAGCGGGCCUGGGGAGGGCAGGGUGCAGGCCCCUGUGCCCCACCUCCCCUUCCCCCGGGCCCGGGCCCCCUGCUGCCUGGUAGAGGGGAGGGGAGAAGUUCUGUGCUGGGCGGGGAGGGCCCCCUCGGAGCCCAGGAGGGGUGCGCGGAUGGCGUGUGGCGUGGGCAGGCUGGGCCCCAGGUGUCCCUCUGACCUACCUCAGGGAGCUGAGCUUGCAGGCGCUCUGUGGCACGCCUGGUAUGUCAAGGCCCGGAAAACAAAGGUAGCUAAUAUUAUUAUAAUAUUUUUAUUAGAAUAUUCUGAUUAUAAAAAUAAAACUUGUUUUCUUUGAAGAGAA